AGCAGAUCGAAGCCCAGGGAAACUGGCUGGGCUGGAGCACCGCGGGGGCUCCAGCACCUUCUCCUCUGCGCGAUCACACACUGGAGCUUCUCCCUCCACUCCUCUUGGCGACCACCCCCCACUCCCUGAGGCUGCUCUCAGAAAGGCGAUGUGUAGGUGAGUGCCUGCUGUGCCCAAGCGUCUCAGCUGUCCCCUCCAGGCCAUGCAGGUCCCUGCCCUGCUCCUGCUCAUCCUCCUGGCCCUGGGCACCACGGACGGGCUGCCCUGCCCCUCGGAGAUGAACAAAGUCAAAGAUCUGCUGGAGCUGAACUGCACAGGGCUGGCUCUCAGCGCGGUGCCCUCAGACCUGCCUGAGGACAUGGGCAUCCUGCUGCUCAGUGCCAACCACCUGACAUCCCUCUCCACCGACACCUUCCUGAGCUUCACCCAGCUGCAGGACCUCGACCUGUCCGACAACAAGCUGGUGGCUCUGCAUACGGGGUCGCAGCUGACAUCCCUGAAGGAGCUGAUCCUCUCCUACAACGAGCUGAAGGACCUGCCCGCCCUGCAGGCUCUGCCCGGGCUCACCCGCCUGGCCGUGGCCCACAACAGCCUGGUGGCACUGGCCCCAGAGGCUUUCCGUGCUGUGCCGCUGCUGCAGGACCUGGACCUGCGAGGGAACCAGCUGCAGACGCUGCCCAAGGAGGUCUUUGGAGGGCUGGAGGCUCUCAAGGAACUGGACCUCUCAGACAACCUCCUGGAGGAGCUCCCCAAGGAGCUGCUGUGGGGUCUGAAACGUCUGGAGACCCUCUGGCUCUCGGGGAACCGCCUGCAGACUCUGCCCGCUGGCUUCUUCCCUGAGAGCCACUUCUUCAUGUACGUCUUCCUGACUGAGAACCCCUGGCACUGCGAGUGCAACCUGCGCUACCUGCGGGCCUGGAUCAGGUCCAACGAAGGCAGUGUCUACCAGCCAGAGCGGAGCCUGGAGGAGACAAAGGUGGAGGUUGCCCCUGAGAAGGUGCUGUGCCACAGCCCUGCCGAGCAUCAGCGGAAGCCCGUCAUCCACUUCAAACCCAACUGUGGCAAUGUGGGGGAUGAGGAUGAGGAGGAAGAGGAAGAAUAUGGCUAUGGGGAAGAAACGAUGGAGAAAAAUAUCAUGAUCACCUCCCACACACACCCGUCCACCCCCAAAGAGCCCACCACCAUGCCCCGUGCUGUUACCUGGCCUCCCCUUGCUGCCACAAGACCCCCCUCCAGCACCCCUUGUAGCUCCACCCUCACCUCAAGCACUUCUCUUGCGACUUCAAGCACCAGCACUCCCAGCACCACCACUCCUGCGCCAACCAGUCCCACCGUCACACCCACACCGACCCCCAGCACUCCCGCCAGUACCCCACGCAGACCCACCACCCUCGUCUCUGCCACCUCACCGCCAACCACCAUGAGCACCAGACCUCCCCGCGCCAGCAGCCAUCCCCAAACCGCCCUCACCGCCAGCGCUGCCAGCACCCAUGCCCCUCGCAUGGUGGCCACCAGCACAUUUUCCACCGCCUCCACGGCAGUGCCUUCUGCUGCCGGGCUAGAGGCCUUUUCCACUGUCAGAUCUUCAUCUCCUCCUCUAAUGCUGACAAUGCCAACGGUCUCCACCACCAUGCUUUCCACUCCUGCCCCAACACCGCCAGGUCCCCUGGACACCACACGCUUCACCCAGCCUGCACCUUCCCCUCCACCUGAACCUUCCCCUCCACCUGCACCUUCCCCUCCACCUGCACCUUCCCCUCCACCUGCACCUUCCCCUCCACCUGUGCCUCUGCCACACUGCCCAUGCUCCACCCCAGCGCUGGACGUCCCCAUGCUGCGCUCACGGGCAGGUGGGGAGGGUCCGCAGUGGGGGCAAUGGGUGCUGAGGAACUGCUGUCUACUGCACUGGGUGCUCUACCUGGUGUCCUUGGCUCUGCUGGUGCUGACCGUGCUGGCUCUAGCAGGCUGGCUGGCGUGGAUGUGGCUGGCAAGCCGGACCCCCUGGCACAAGCCCCUGCAGACCCAAGAGGUGCGGGAGCCACUGCUGAGGUGGAGGGGGGUGACCGGGAGCCCUGCAAUGCAUCUCAGCAGCUUCAAAAGCCCCCUCCGGCGCCCCACGUUCUGUACCAUCAAGGAAGUAGAGCUGUGCCCUGAGGUCAUCUACUGCACCAUUAAAGACCUGGGAAUGCAGCACGGUCCUCCUGCACGUUCCUCCUUCUGCACCACAAAGGAGCUGUGGGUCCACCACAGUCCCCCGAGCGCUUCCUUCAAGUCUUUCUCCGGGAAGCUGGUGGCUGCAGACCUGGGCCCCCCAUGGACCUCUUCUGCUUACAGCCUGGACAGGGGCGUUGAGGCCAUCGGUGAGGUCAGGGUGAAAUACGCCGGCAACACCUUGUGAAUGCUUCUGCGUGCGAGGAGAAAGGGGGGGGUGUCGUGGCUCUGCUUCACCCCCCUUGUUUUACAAAAGAUCCGCUUGCUCAGGGGAAGCCAGCCAGCUCCUCCUAGUAGUGUGCUCCCGUUCCCUGAGGUUUCUAGAUCUGAAAUUAUCCCUCAGGCACUCGGGCAGGGGGACACAGUGUCCUCAGUGGGUCGGUGAUGGUCUGCCAUCAGUGAUGCUGCCACUGCCCGGCUUGGGUCCAGCACUCGUGUUUGGGGGAUGCAGGUAGAUGCGCUACGCUUUCAGCUGUCAGCCACAGAAUAAAUGUUCUCUUUGCUGCAA